AUGUUCAAUACCUGUGCGCGGAUGGCACUCAGUCCUGUUCGUCGGUCACCCGCGCCAAGCCAAAGCAACGGCACAAGGGACGCAUUCAGGCUUUCAGUCGAUAGUCACGCACCUCAGCCACUCGCUAUCAAGGAUCUCUACUCUGUAUGCUCUGCUGCCGUCCGCUUCCUUGAUUGCUCCAGCUCCCCUCUUUUUUUGUCACAAGAAAUUCCUACUCGCAAGCUGACAGACCUUGGACGACAGUCGUGCGAACUUAACAAGGCAUCCUAUGCUACUGACCGUCUAUUUAUGGCAGGGUCGACGAAUCUUUUCGUGACUUUUGAAUACGCCGUCCAUCGGCAGAACCCGCACUUAAAUCGUUCGCUGAUGGCGCUGGCACGACCUCGAGAGUUCUUCAUUGAGAUCAAGAACAUUGAGAUUUCAUGCUUGCUUAAGAUGUAG